AUGCGGCUUCAUCUACAUCUUCAAAGUCAAAAUCGAGAGGGAGACCCAUUUCCAUAUUCGAAAGUCAAAGGCACAAAACGGUCCUCGGCGAAGCGGCAACGAAGCAAAAGUCCAGACGAGGCGUCGAAGCGAGCCAAGAAAGAUAAGAUUAAUGAGGCCGCUCAACCUCCCAAAACUAAAGCUUCAACUACUGCAGCUGACCCAAAUAUAGAUCCCGCUUUACAACCGGUUGCUAACGAGCAAGAGACACAGGAGCAAGCGCAACAGCAACCACAAGUACAACCCCAGCCGAAGACCCAGCAACAAAAUGAAGAGGAGGACUUCGAAACAUCAAAAGAGGAAAAGGAAUACCUAAGACAUUUGCAUGAAAUCCACAGAGGCCAGGAGAUGCAAGCAGCACAGCCAACAGAGCAGCCAACAGAGCAGCCGACAGAGCAGCCGACAUGGCAGCCGACAUGGCAGCCAUCAGCACAACCGGUAGAGCUUCCGACAUGGCAACUAACAGGGCCAAGAUGGCAGCCAGAAGUGCAGCCAACAGCACAGCCGACAUGGCAGCCAUCAGCACCACCAGUGGAGCUUCCGACAUGGCGGCUAACAAACCUAAGAUGGCAGCCAGAAUUUCAGCCAACAGCACAGCGAGUAGCACAGCCGAUACCACAGCCGAUGCCACAGCCGAUAGCUCAGCUGGCAGGACCGCUAACAUGGCAACUAACAGGUCAGGCCGAAGAGGCCCCACAAUACCCAACACAGCACCCUGCUAAUACGCAAAUGGGACUGGAACUCUCCACUGAAGAAUUGGCCAUGAGAUAUGAAGAUAUCGCACUUUUACAGCAAGCCAUCGCUGCUGAUCAAGCAGAAGUUGAAGGAGGUCCAACUUACAGAGCAAGUUUGGCGCCUGCGAUACAAGAACAGACCGAGCAACAAGGUGAGUCCAUGUAUGUGGCGAUGCAUAAUCCAAAUGAUGACAUCAUUGGUGAGCCCAUGGAUGAAUCAAUGAAGGACGCGGAGUAUGAAGAAGAGUUCAGUGCCUUGAUGAAUGUUGACCAGAUGGAGGAAUAG